AUGGAAUCAAUUUUAAAUAUCGAGGAUGAAAUUAAUUCAAAAGAUCCUUUACAUCCUGUAAAUCUUAUUCCUGAAUUAUGUAGAUUAUUUUAUAAAUUAGGUUGGGUUACAGGAACAGGAGGAGGAAUUUCUAUUCGUGACGGUGAAUUAGUAUAUAUUGCACCUUCAGGAGUUCAAAAAGAACGCAUCAAACCAAAAGACUUAUUUGUAUUGCUAUUAUCAACAAGGCGAGAACUACGUUCACCUGAACGAUAUAAACCAUCAGCCUGUACUCCAUUAUUUUAUAACGCAUAUACAUUACGUAAUGCUAAUGCAUGUAUUCACACCCAUUCACAAAAUGCAGUAAUGGUCACCCUGUUAUAUAGUAAUAGCGAAGUAUUUGAAAUAACGCACCAGGAAAUGAUUAAGGGUAUUAGACGUGGGAGUAGCAAAGAAAAUUUCGAGUAUUUUGAUAGUUUGGUUGUGCCGAUUAUUGAAAAUACGGCCAAAGAAGAAGAUCUGACUGAAGAUAUGGCAAAAAUUAUGACAAAGUAUCCCGAGACAAAUGCUGUUUUAGUAAGAAGACAUGAAUCAUGGGAGAAAGCAAAGACAAUGUGUGAAUGUUACGAUUAUUUAUUUGAGAUAGCUGUCAAAAUGAAAAGUAUUGGGUUAGAUCCAGCAGCCAAGCCGUAA